AGUAAUUAAAAGAUAAAUGAUUACAUUCAAAUCCUUUGUUAUCAGUUAUCUCAUAUCAGUUCAGUGCUUGCUGUCGACACUUGUAUGUGGUGAUAAUAGUGGGCUAUUAGAGUUCAAACUGCGAAGGACUGUUCUCAUAGAAUUAAGGAAAGAUUUAAAUAAUGGGUACCAAAGGUUUCCAGUUUGCCUUAGACCGUGGAGGCACUUUCACAGAUGUAUAUGCCAGAUGUCCCAAUGGAAAAGUUCGCGUUAUGAAGCUGCUGUCUGUCGACCCACAGAACUAUGACGAUGCUCCUAGAGAAGCGAUCAGACGAAUUUUACAAGAGGAAACAGGUAAUGCGUUAGACAAAGACGGCAAAGUGAAUUCUUCGCUGAUAGAGUCUAUAAGAAUGGGCACAACAGUGGCAACUAAUGCGUUGUUGGAAAGGAAAGGAGCCAACAUGGCGCUGGUUAUUAACAAAGGAUUUAAGGAUUUACUACUUAUAGGAAACCAGGCUAGGCCGCAUAUAUUUCAAUUGGAUAUCAAACGCCCAGGAAUUCUAUACUCCGAAGUCGUAGAAGUUGACUGCAGGGUCAUUCCAGCAUUAGAAGAUAGAUGUCAGAUGAAAAAGGAUGUUAACUGGAAGGCAGUGGUAGGCACUACCGGAGAGAAGAUGUUGGUAAUCAAAGAUUUAGAUGAGGAUGCUGUGAGGAAAGAUCUGAUGGCAUUAAAGGAGAAAGGGAUAGAGAGUGUGGCGGUGGUGCUGGCUCAUAGUUAUACGUAUCAUGACCACGAGCUGAGGAUAGGGAAAAUCGCUGAUGGUAUAGGCUUCAAGCAAGUUUCCCUCUCACAUUCCGUGACCUCCAUGGUCCGCAUGGUGCCACGAGGGUUCACAGCAUCAGCAGAUGCUUACCUUACUCCUCACAUCAAAGAGUACGUGAGGAGCUUCGCUGAUGGAUUCUCAGAUGGACUGAAGGGAGCCAAUGUGCUGUUCAUGCAAUCUGAUGGCGGACUGACGCCUAUGAAUUUAUUUAAUGGAUCUAGAGCUAUUCUGUCUGGUCCAGCGGGAGGCGUAGUUGGUUAUGCUAUGACGUCAUAUCAAAAGGAGACUGGCUUACCGGUUAUUGGUUUCGACAUGGGUGGUACGUCUACUGACGUGUCAAGAUACGCUGGUGCGCUAGAGCAUGUACACGAGGCUACAACAGCCGGAGUCACCAUACAGGCACCGCAGUUGGAUAUAAACACAGUAGCAGCAGGCGGAGGUUCGAUGCUGUUCUUUCGUUCGGGUCUGUUCGUGGCGGGGCCCGAGUCCGCCGGCGCCGAGCCCGGCCCUGCUUGCUACAGGAAGGGGGGUCCGCUUGCUGUUACUGAUGCUAACCUGCUUCUAGGUCGACUUCUCCCAGAAUAUUUCCCGAAAAUCUUCGGUCCGAAUGAAAACGAAGCGUUAGAUAAGGACGCUACGGUCGCAGCGUUUAAUAAAAUGACCGAUGAUAUAAACACUUUUUUAAAACAAGAUGGCGGAAAAGAGAUGUGUAUGGAAGAAGUGGCAAUGGGAUUUAUCAAUGUUGCGAACGAAGCUAUGUGUCGUCCUAUUAGGGCGUUGACAACAGCGCGUGGUCACGACGCGGCGCAGCACGCGCUGGCGUGCUUCGGCGGCGCGGGCGGGCAGCACGCAUGCGCAGUGGCGCGGCACCUCGGCGUCCGCACCGUGCUCAUACACAAGUACGCCGGUAUAUUAUCAGCGUACGGCAUGGCCCUAGCCCACAUAGUGCACGAAGCGCAGCAGCCGUGCGCAUGCGUGUACAGCCCAGACAAUUACGCGGAGUUGGACCGACAGUUGGACGUGUUGGGAGCUGUGUGUAGAGACAAACUGCGGGCGCAGGGUAUUCCAGACGCUCAAAUAGUACUGGAGCCGUACCUCCACCUGCGGUACGCGGGCACCGACUGCGCCCUCAUGGUGUCGCCUGCAGCUGGAGAGUCGCCCACCGCCUGCAAGCAUGGCGACUUUUACACUGCUUUUAUUGAUAGAUACAAAAACGAGUUUGGCUUCACUCUGUCCAAACGCGAUGUUAUCGUGGACGACGUGCGCGUGAGAGGUAUUGGCAUGAGCGAGGUACCGGCAGAAGUGGCGCCGCCGAGCGGGAAAGGGACGCAACCGGCGUCUGAGAAGUCAGUGAAAGUGUACUUCGAGGGAGGGUAUCAGGACACAAGUAUAUAUUUGUUGGAGAAGCUCCUGCCUGAGCAGGUCAUACCAGGUCCUGCUAUCAUCAUGGAUAGCUUAUCGACUAUCCUGGUUGAGCCUGACUGUCGUGCUGAAAUAACAAAGUUCGGCGACAUCAAGAUCACGAUCGGUUCAGGACAAGCGAAGAAAGUGACAACAGAGCUUGACUCGAUACAGCUCAGCAUUUUCUCGCAUCGCUUCAUGUCGAUUGCUGAGCAGAUGGGCAGGGUGGUCCAAAGAACAUCAAUAUCGGUCAACAUAAAAGAGCGGUUGGACUUCUCCUGUGCGCUUUUUGGAGCCGAUGGCGCGUUGGUAUCCAACGCUCCGCACAUUCCAGUACAUCUCGGUGCUAUGCAGGACACUGUGCAGUACCAGAUGAAAGUCCGCGGUGAUUCUUUGAAACCAGGUGAUGUGUUGCUUGCUAAUCAUCCGAAGGCUGGCGGCUCUCAUCUGCCAGACUUGACCGUCAUCACGCCUGUUUUCCAUAAAAGUCAGUCCCGUCCGAUCUUCUUCGUGGCGUGCCGCGGCCACCACGCUGACAUCGGGGGGCUGACCCCAGGGUCGAUGCCGCCGCACUCCACGCGGCUGGCGCACGAGGGCGCAGCCUUCAAGUCAAUGUUGCUUGUCAAUGGGGGAGUAUUUAAUGAAAAGGAGCUUGUUGAAGAGCUGAUGAGGCCUGGCCAGGAGCCAGGAUGUACUGGCACCAGAAAUUUGGCUGACAACCUCUCCGAUUUGAAAGCACAAGUUGCUGCGAAUCAAAGGGGUAUACAGCUAGUGGGCGAGUUGAUAGAUCAGUACGGCUUGGACGUGGUGCAAGCUUACAUGUCACAUAUACAGAAGAACGCUGAAAUUGCUGUAAGGGAUAUGCUUAAGGAGAUAGCAAACAAUGCUCUAGCGAAGACUGGUACAACAGUUUUAAAAGCCACUGAAUAUAUGGACAAUGGGACGCCUAUAACACUCACCGUAACACUGGACAAGGAGCUGGGCAGCGCUAUCUGUGAUUUCACUGGCACCGGUGUGGAAGUGUGGGGCAACCUGAACGCUCCCAGAGCUAUUACUAUGUCGGCUCUCAUAUACUGCCUGCGUUGUAUGGUCGGACACGACGUGCCACUCAACCAGGGUUGUCUGAACCCGGUAAAAGUUAUAAUUCCAUCCGGGUCCAUUUUGGACCCAUCGGAGGGCGCGGCAGUGGUUGGAGGGAACGUACUCACAUCACAAAGGAUUGUAGACGUCGUUCUCAAAGCAUUCCAGGUGUGCGCGGCUUCACAAGGCUGUAUGAAUAACUUGACGGUCGGUGAAACUGAUUGGGGCUAUUAUGAAACUGUCGCCGGAGGCAGCGGGGCAGGUCCAGGCUGGCACGGGACCGGCGGCGUGCACACACACAUGACGAACACGCGCAUCACCGACGUCGAGAUUGUGGAGCGCCGGUACCCCAUGCUCGUCACCAAGUUCUCGCUCAGGGACGGCUCGGGGGGACGAGGCCGUUGGUUAGGAGGUAACGGUGUGGUCCGCGAGCUGGUGUUCCGUCGCACGGUGCAGCUCUCAGUACUCACUGAGCGAAGGGCCUUCCAACCGUACGGAAUGAACGGUGGCGAGCCAGGCGAGCGUGGUUUGAACCUGUUACUACGAACGGAUGGACGUCUCAUCAAUCUAGGCGGGAAGGCGUCUGUAGAAGCGUACCCAGGGGACAAAUACAUAAUGAACUCACCCAGCGGAGGCGGUUACGGGCUUGCAACAGACAAACAAACUGACGAACAAACAGACAAGCAAUUCACUGGAUUUGUAGAAAGGGGCAGUAUUUACGAGUACAGAAGUGCGCAGGAGUCUGUUUGAAUAACUUUAGAUGUAAGGUGAAGGAAAUUAAGAACAAAGUUAAGAAAUCCAAUAUUUAAUCAUAAUUAUAAUUGGUGCUAUAUUUAAAUAUCUUAAUGUUGAAACAUCAAAUUCAGUUUCACAUAGAUAUCC